GUUCUUGUGUUUCCUUUCUUCUGGAGUUUUUUUAUACGCGCUUCCACAAUAAUAAUAUCUAGCGCUCUCGGUAAAUCUAUUUGUGAUAGCAAACGCGCCAUCGAUUCAGCACGAGCCACCGAUGGCAGCAAUGGCACUCCCAAUCUCGAACCCUCAAUCCACGGGUGGUUCUCAAUCGCAGCCCCCCAUUGCAACACCCGCUUUUCGCGCGUUUGUCUCACGCAUAUCCUCCUCUGUCCGCCACGGCCUCUCACAGCGCCGCCCGUGGUAUGAACUCGUUGAUCGCACCUCCAUGUCCCGACCAGAUUCCCUCUCCGAGGCUGCUUCCCGGAUCCGGAAGAAUUUGUCUUAUUUCAAGGUCAAUUACAUGACCAUGCUCGCGAUCGUUCUUGCCCUCUCUCUCCUCUCUAAUCCUUUCUCUCUCCUUGUUCUCGUCGGCCUCCUGGCGGCAUGGAUCUUCAUGUAUCUCUUCAGACCGUCCGAUCAGCCUCUGGUGCUCUUUGGGCGUACUUUCUCGGAUCGCGAGACACUGGGUGGAUUGGUGGUUUUGACAAUCGUGGUCGUGUUCUUGACCUCUGUUGGUUCCUUACUGAUCUCGGCGUUGAUGGUCGGUGUGGCGAUCGUCUGCUUGCACGGUGCGUUUAGGGUUCCGGAGGAUCUGUUUUUGGAUGACCAGGAGCCCGUAAAUACCGGCUUCCUCUCCUUCCUUGGAGGUGCUGCCACCUCUGCUGCCGCUGCCGCCGCCGCUCCAGCAGUUGCCGCUCGGGUGUGAUCCUAGAUCCUUGACUCCUCCAUGUAUGGUCGCUUUCCUGAACGCUGAUGUCUUCAAUUGUAUCUGAUUUUGAAACAAUGAAUUAGGGUUUUGCUUUCUUUAUAUGUAGAUUGGAUCUGAAUUCCCAUUAUCAUCUAUUUUUUGAUCUGAUUCUUUUUCAUUACCCUGUUAUUUUGUUCGGUAUCAUAUCGAACUUUUUGGCUCAACUAGCAACUGGGCUUAGUGGUGAGAGGUUCUAUGCCUUUCUCCAUUGUCAGAUUGAACAUU